AGGAAGCGCUGGCUCUCGUUGAACUCUGGCUGAAGCUCCCAGCUUGGAACAUGACCUCACCCAGAGGCGCCCAUUUUAUAUAUAAGGGGGGUAGGCUGGGAGUCUCUCAUCAGGAGUUCGCAGUUGUUCGCUGAGGAAACUCCGCAAAACUCAAAAGGAGCUUUACUCCACAAGAACCACCUGGCAACAUGGUGAUGCUGCGAGUUGAAGAUCUGGUGACAGGCAAGCAGAGUGAGGUGAAAUCCGGAGGAUGGGAGGCCGAGCCGCCAACGAUGCAGGAAGAGUUCGGCAGCGGAGAAUAUUGCUCUGCGAUGGCGAUCGAGAAACAGGACGGCCUGAAAAGCCAAACGGCGCUUUUCCCGUUCAUACCCAGCCACAAGCACCAGAAGGAGAAACUGCAGCCGGUGCCACACUGCAAAAAUGUCAAGCCUGCUGCGCAGAGGCUGAAACUUGAAACGAUAGAUGAUCUCCAUUUCCUCGUCAGCUUGAAGAGACACAAGCAUCCCAAGGCCGUUGCUGUGGAAGCCCCACCGCAGCAGGAACCCGACACUAUUAUCGGACCCGUAGAUGUGGAGACCUUUUGGAAUGCGGCGGUGGACAAUAAUCUCGCUGUGAUUGAGAAAUACCUGGCUGACGGGGGACAACCAGAUGUAUGCGACCAGUUUAACAGGACUGCCAUGCACCGGGCUUGCUCUGAGGGGAACGAGGAGGUUGUAUUGAAACUACUAGAAGCCGGAGCCUCCACUGAAUUUCGAGAUAUGCUCAACGCCACAGCGGUCCACUGGUCCUGUCGUGGUGGUAGCCUGGAAGUGCUGAAAACCUUGUUAAACAAUGAUGCAAACGUAAACGCCAAAGACAAGCUAUGUAGCACUCCUUUACACGUUGCUGUCCGAACUGGGCAUUACGAAUGCGCUGAACAUCUUAUCGCAUGUGGUGCUGAUCUGAAUGCCAGAGAUAUAGAAGGAGACACUCCUAUGCAUGAUGCAGUCAGACUGAAUCGUUACCGAUUGAUGAAGCUUUUGAUGAUUUAUGGAGCCAAUCCAACUUUAAAAAACUGUAAUGCACAGACACCGAUAGAUCUUGUUCUACAGUGGCAAACUGGUACAAAGGAAAUCCUUAACCAAUUUAUGGAAAAUUCACAGAAGUCACCAAAGUGAAGCUUGCUUCAGUGCAAAUUAUAUCCCAGCCCCAUCCCCCAAGGAUGACAGGUGCAUUCUCCUGCUGUCGCAGUUUGUGAGAAUUUCAACACUCACGAUUUAUGUCAUUAGAACAUUAGUUUAAACGCGAUGUGGUACUGUGAUAAUUUAUUGCAAUUGUUUCAGUUCACAACUUGAUGAAAAUGAACUAAGAGACCUGGAAUGUUGAGAUUAUUUUCAAAGAAGAUUGGAAUCUCUGUUGAUCUAUUUGGCUGUCAGUAAUCAAUUUAUUCUGAGAAUCUUGAAUGGUGAAGGAAUUAAGGCUGUGGGAUACUGGAAAGCUGAAAGUUGGAGUCAUUUAUCAGCGCAUGGUUGAAGUGUUAGACAUACUGGGAGGAAUAAGGUUUAAAAACUUGCAAAGGAUUUCACUACUCAACGUCUAAAUCAGCAAUGGUGAAAUUAAGUUCUAUUACAUCCCUCCAUCAUUUCAAUUAAGAUGGUAACCCAACUAUUAAAAAUAAUUUCUUAUUUAAAUAAGGAUUGGAAGAAAUGAAGGUAUGAGUAAGUACUGAAUAUGGAAAAACAGAAAGUGAGGAUAUGCGAAACUUGUGAACUGAAUAAUUAGGAUGUAAUCAACUAUAUGAUGUAAAAUUUGUAUAUUUCUAUAGUUGUUUGAAAUUUGUAAAUUUUGUACACAUUUUAAGCAUUUAUUGUUAUUUAUCUGAAAUUGAAGUAAAGAAGAAUAAGGCUACAUUUAAAAAUGGGAUAUGAUUCCAAUAGUUUAGACAUAUUGUGAAUUAAUAUGGAUUGCACAAUGAUAGAUUGCAGCAGGGAGAAAGUUUAUCAAGGGAAAAUGUCUCUCAAAUUGGAUGUUGAUCAGAGGGAACAGAAAGACUUGAUAAUUUAUGGUGUCACGCUUAUUGACACACAGCACAUCAGAAUGCAAUCCACUCUCAGUAAACAUAAGCAAAGCGCUUGCAAAAUUUGUGGGCUCCUGUGUGUAGCUUGCGCUUUUAGAUUAUUGUGGGCAGGUUGCUCAAGAUAAUAUGCUUGUGAACUCCAUCGCAUUAUGAAGUUUCAUAAUGUUGAUCUGGAUUUCUUUUGUAAAAAGGGACAAUUUCUGAUGCAAAGUAUUAAUAGCGAGUUCUAUUUUAAAAGCUUUUGUACUGUCCUGUUUUGGAUUUUUGAGAUUUUCUUAGAAAACACUGAAGACAAUAUGAUACA